AUGUAUUGCCAUUUACCACUAAGACCCCUGUGCCAAAAGAGCAAAAGGGUGGCCUCGCGCAGACCGAUCGGAAUGAACGUUUCCCGGCCCGACGGCAGCGGGACCUGGCGACUGAACAUGAGUUUGACAGACAUGGAGGACGCCUGGAGGAGAGGCCUCCAUGGGCCGCUCCGUACUGCCGGACGGGAGAUAUCGCGCCUCGUCGAGAGGAUGAAACUGGGCAUAGUCGAACGGCCUCUCGUCGUCAUUUCGGGCGGCACGGCUCGCAACCCGGCCGUGAAAUCACGCCUUCUAUCCCUCUGCGAAGUAAAAGGGUUGUCUACGGUUUUCACCGAUCAGUUCAAUGUCCCCAUUGCAUAUGAUUCAGCCAAGGUCGCCAUGGCUGCUGUUGGAUUCGCCACAUGGAAUCUUCUGGUGGAUGCCAGCAACUGA